AAACCCGAGAAGACCGCCCGCAUGGCGGACCAGAACCCGCCUGCCGCAGGCCCGAGCUUCACCGAUGCGCAGGUCGACGAGUACCGCGAGCAAGAUCGGUGGCUUCCGAUUGCCAAUGUCUCGCGCAUCAUGAAGAACUCGCUGCCGACGACGGCCAAGGUCUCCAAAGAGGCAAAGGAGUGUGUUCAGGAGUGUGUGAGCGAGUUUAUCAGCUUUAUCACCUCCGAGGCAGCUGAAAAGUGCUUGCAUGAGAAGCGCAAGACAAUCAACGGCGAGGACAUUCUCACGUCGAUGCGCGCCCUCGGUUUUGAUAACUACGAGGGUGUACUCAAGGUCUACUUGGCCAAGUACCGUGAGCAUCAGAUUACCCAAGCGCGCCUGCGGCAGAACCAGCCACAACUCGUGCUGGAGGAGGAAGACGGACUCAAGCGUGGGGCGGAGGACGAGGACAGUGAUGCGCGUCGCAAGAAGCCCCGGGGCAAGAAGCGCGACGACUAGUGUACUAUAGAGGCUUGUACAUGUGAUGCACGUCUACAGAUCUAGAUAGGCG